AUGAGCAACGAAAAUAGUGGCUACGUUUCAACAUCGAACAAAAAUGAAAAGAAAUCGUUACUAGAGCGCUUUGACAUUCCUGUAGAACACCUUUCUUACGAAUACAUUUCGGCGUGCGUAAAUGAUAAAGAAUUGGAGCGGAUAACUUUAGUACUGAGAUCCGGUGAGGAAGGUGUUUAUCCAGACUUAACAAAGCACGCAGAAGAGAGACUUGCAUUAGUGAAGCCUGACAGUAAAGUCUUACGUGUGGAAGAACCAGUAAUUAUUCGGAACAUGCUGGAGAUUGAAACACGCGAAGAGAUUGAAAACGAUAUUGACAGUUGGACGCGAGACAUGCAUCACAAAGAAAAGGAAUUAAACGUUGAAAAAACUUCAUUAAUUACCGAUGAUCCAAUUCCGGAACCUGCAAUCAGACAAAUCAAUGUUGCAGGAAAGGAAAGGAAAAUCACGCAAUCAGUGCAACGACUUAGUAAAGAAAACCGAUUGGCAUCAUGCGAUUAUGAGGGAUGGGAAAAGUAUGAUGUCGAUACUGAACUGACUCGCAUGGAUUUAAACGAAGAAUGCCGACGAGCUGAAAUUAAAAGAGAUCAACAAAGCCAAAAGGAAACCGAAGAGAGGGCAAGGAAAGUCUCCAAGGAAGUAGAAAUUAAUAAAUUGUCAUUAACGCAAACUGAACUGAAAAUAAUGGCUGAACAAGAAAAAGAAAAAGGAAAUGAAGCUUUUAAAAUUGGCGAUUACGACGAGGCAUUACGACUUUACAAUUCCAGUAUCUACAUAGAACCUACCAUUAGCGCUUAUAACAAUUUAGCAAUCACUUAUAUUAAACUGUCGAGAUACGACGAUGCAGUUAGAGAAUGUAACAGAGUACUUUGUAUGGAGUAUAUGAAUAUCAAAGCACUUCUUCGUCGUGCGCUGGCUUCGGAGUAUCUAAAAAAGAAAUCACAGGCUUUGGCAGACUAUGAGGCGGUCUUAAUAUUGGAACCAGUAAAUAAAGUAGCUAUUGCUGCAAUCAACAGACUAAGAGAAGCAUGCGAUUCGAAAGGAGUGAGAAUGAAAAUUAAGGAAGAAAGUGACGAUAAAGGAAAUACGGAAGUGUCUCCGUAUUCUAAAAUUCUCACACAUAAUAAUUACAACUACGGAAUUUCGUCGAAACAAAAUAAUGAUUGCGGUAUUUGCUUUUGCGAUGGAGCGCCUGGUCCAUCGAAGAACUUACACCCACGACCACAUAUUAAAAGCAAUUACUGCCUAGAAUUGGAAAAUGAAGAAAACGCGCGGAAAACAAAUUCAUAUUCAACCACUAUGAAGAAUCGUUCAGAUAUUAAUACUGGAAAACCGAUAUCCAUCUUCACUAAUGUGGACAAUACUAAAUCUAUGUCAAGUUUCUCUGGAAUUAUAAUAGAGGAAAUACCAAGCGAAAAGUGUAAUCCUGAUCCUAUAUUGGAGAAUAGCUCGAAAACGAAAGACACUAUGGAUAAAAAUAAUAAGAAAAAUGAAAUGAAGUUUGGAGAUAGUAAUGAAAUAUUAAAGAAACCUCUUAGAAUAGAAGAAGUUGGGAAAAGAACGCAGAGAGAUAAAAAAAACAAAAAGCAGUUUGAGAGGUCACCACAAAAAGAUAACCUUUCGAGUGAAACUAUAAUACAAGAGCCUCUUAGUUCAAACAAAAUCAAAGUGGCGAUCAAAUAUGAAAAACCUGGCAGUAGCACAAAAGAAAAUUCUUCUAGGGAUAUUGUAAAAUCUCCAUAUGAAUUUACUCGCAAAUGGCAAUCAUUGAAAGGCGAUUCUGAUUUGUCUAUGCAUGCUGAACUCUUGCGAUCUGUGACACCAGACGAUUUUGAAAGAAGUAAGGGCUUCCUUAUAUUGUACUUUAAACAUAAAUCUAUGCUAAUGGAAUUUUGAAACACAGCAAAUGAUAACAGUUGUAGGAAAUAAAUUGGACGGAGAUAUAUUCAGUACCAUCUUACAGUGUUUGAAACAACACUUCAGUGAUCCGCAAGAUAUGAAUUUGGUUUUCGGAUUUUUAACAUCGUUAAGUCAUCUAAGUCGUUUUUCAAUCAUCUGCAUGUUCAUGAACUCCAAUGAUAACGAAGGUAUAUAAUUACUAUUGAAAUUA